CUCUUUCCUGAGCUACUGGGACUGGCCUAAGGCAGGAUCCUGCUGGACGUGUCGGCAACAAUAUUGCGACCCGCGUGCACGGAAACCUCGUGGCUAGCAAAAAUGUUCAGGGCUUCGCGGCCCAUGAUGUUGUCUAGACCCCAGUGGACUCGAGCGCGCCGGUUGAAGGCUGGCCCAAGCCGGGCUUACUAUGACUCAGGCCGCCGAUUUUACUGGGCUCAAGGGCUAAGUUGGACGUUGCGGCGUGUAUGGGCACGCUCCCCAAUGAACUCGGGUUGGGCUGUGAGUGUGUGAGAGUUUUGACUGGGGAAACGUCGCUUGUUAUUGACUGUGCUGCGGUUGAAACCGGUAUCACGCAAAGCUUUGCGCUGGUAUGAAACAAGACCACCUGCGAGUGGCGCGGUCGCCGAGGUGCAAGGUUAGGUGGCCAAGGGGUAACUGGAGCUACGACGUGGCGUGGCGCUUGCUGGGGCCCGGAUGCUCGAACCCUUACAGGUGCGGCCGCUAGCAAUGUUUGUGCAUAACACAUUCUGCGCUUUACACAUACAUCAUUAUAUUUUUAAUUUGACUGCUUCAAACUCGAACCGGGUUUUGCUGGUGCUUGAACCGAAACCCCUGCGCUACCUUUCGGGCCGAAUUCCAUAUUGACUUCUAGGAUAAACUUGUGUUGUGAUAGCGCAUUUGCCGGGCGAAAAAGGAGCAGACCAGAAGCUACAGCAGGGCGAAGAUGGCACAAGGGCGGAGAGGAGAUUUCGACGCGCUCAUAAAGCUCUUGCUAGUUGGAGAUAGCGGCGUGGGGAAAUCAUGCUUGCUACUACGAUUUACGGAUGAUAUGUUCACUUCCUCAUUCAUUACGACGAUAGGCAUCGACUUCAAAAUCAAGAAGGUGGACGUCGAGGGAAAACUCGUAAAGCUGCAAAUCUGGGACACGGCGGGGCAAGAGCGCUUCCGCACCAUCACCAGCGCCUACUACCGUGGGGCCCAGGGCAUCAUCCUGGUCUACGACAUCACGGAUGAGGGCAGUUUCAACAAUGUGCGCAACUGGAUGCGCAACAUCGAGCAGCACGCCAGCGAUAACGUAAACAAGAUCCUGGUGGGCAACAAGCUGGACCUGUCCGAAAAGCGGGUGGUGUCCGAGGCGCGCGGCCGGGCGCUAGCGGACGAGUACGGCUUCAGGUUCUUUGAGACCUCGGCCAAGGACAACGUUUGCGUAGAGGAGGCGUUCCUGUCGGUGGCCAAGGACGUCCUGCACCGCAUGCAGGGCGAGCAGGCGAACGCCCAGCUGCUGCAGCAGCAGCAGAUGUCGGCCGCGAGUCAGCCCGUGCGACUGACCUCGUCCGCUCCCUCGUCCGGCAGCAGCAGCCGCGGCAGCUGCUGCAGGUAGCAGGCGGCAGUAGCAGAGGUCAACGGCAGUAGCAGGGCAGUGGCGGCAGCUGGCGCGAUGGCGCCGUGUGUCAAUUCGUGUGUGUUUGUGGGAAUGGUGUCAGCGGUGAUUGGCUUUAUGCGGCGCCAAGUGGCGGCAAGGCAGCCAGCAGCAACAGCAGCAGCCGCAUGGCUGCGGAAACAGCAGCUGCGGCGCCGGCGGCGGCAGUGGCGGCGGCGGUGUGGCUACCCAUGCGGCUGGUAGGCAGCUGAGGCUGAGGCAGCGAUCCGAGCAGCAUCUGCCGGCGGCUGUUAGUGCGGCUGUAGCAGACUGGUCAGCGGUCCGGGACGAGGAUGGCAGUAGCACAGCGGUGGCAGUAGCAUGGUGGUGUGUGACAAGGCGGGACGUACGGCUGGGGUGGGCGGGUAACCGGCGGCAAAAUACACGGCAGUAGCACGGCAGCGGAUCGGCGGUGGUGGCAGUAGCAGCGGCGGCCGCGUCUUUGAAGCACGUGGUGUGCUUGCAUGGCGGAUAGGCGGCGCACGCAGCUGCGUGCGAGGCCGCACGCUUUGGCCUGGACGACCGUUGUGGCAAUAGGAGGAGGUCGGGGGCAGGAGGAGAGGAGCGGCAGCAGCAGCGGCAAUAGGGUUGCUAUUCUUAGAGGGCAUUGCUGGUACUGCGUACAUACCGGUACCUGGAAACGCAACUUGACAGUGGGGCUUCUAACUUCUGAGUGUCGCACAGGAAACCAAAGCGUAAAGACAGUGCAUGUGUGCGUUUGUGUGCGUGUGGGCGCAUGCGCAUGUGCAUGUGUGUGCGCGUGUGUGACGGCUGUGAGCGUGAAGUCGAGGUGGGCCAGGUGUAAGCAGUGGGCGAGGGGGUACUGCUCGGUAGUCCAAUUUCAGGUGCAUCGAGAUGGAGGCGCGUCAAGGUGUGUGUAACGUGUGUUCGGAUGGGGAUCCCUUGCAGCCAUGGGUAAAAGUCGCUGGCAGUCCAGCCUUGUUCGUGUUCUUGCUCUGGCGCCCGUUGGCUUUGGACCAACGCAGUCGAGGGCUUCCGUGGAGGCCUGGUGGUGGCCGACGUUGGAUUCUGCGAACCGUGGGCGUCACGUGAUGCGCGCUGGUGUUCGUGCCUCCCCUGGUUCGUGCGCACGUCAUGAGUGCCCUACACGCCCGAGGGCGCGCUGUGCUCGUAUCUUCUAUCUACACUGUAGAAAUGUGCCCAAAAUCCGCCGAAGGCGGAGAAACAUUCUUGGUUUUGCCGCGCGCAUUGGGUCCCGUUCGCUCCG